AUGCGGGAUAGCUCACUCAAGCGCUCUCUAGGCGUGGACCUCACGCGAUCCAUCAAGGAGUCCCGUGUUCUCCUUGUUGGCGCAGGCGGUAUCGGCUGCGAGCUCCUCAAAAACCUCGUGCUCACCGGGUUCGGUGAAAUCCACAUCAUCGACCUCGAUACAAUCGACCUCAGCAAUCUGAAUCGCCAGUUCCUCUUCCGGCAUGAGCAUAUCAAGAAAUCGAAAGCCUUGGUUGCAAAGGAAGUUGCGCAAAAGUUCCGCCCCGAUGCCAAACUUGAGGCCUACCAUGCCAACAUCAUGGAUCCCCAGUUCAACAUCUCGUGGUUUGGAUCUUUCACGGUAGUCUUCAACGCGCUUGACAACUUGGCUGCAAGACGCUAUGUGAACAAAAUGUGUCUUCGCGCAAACGUGCCAUUGAUCGAGAGUGGAACCAUGGGCUUUAACGGCCAGGUGCAGGUCAUCAAGAAGUCCGAAACAGAAUGUUAUGACUGCAACCCCAAAGAAACCCCAAAAUCCUUCCCUGUGUGCACAAUCCGCAGCACUCCCAGUCAAGCUAUUCAUUGCAUUGUGUGGGCAAAGAGUUUCCUUGUGCCUGAGCUUUUCGGUAACAGCGAAAACGAAGCCGAGGAAGUGGACAAUUCUGAGAAUGCAGAAAACGCAAAUGAAAUCGAGGAGCUGCGCAAAGAGGCUUUAGAAUUCAGGGUCUUGCGUGAAUCUAUCGGUACCGAGGAAGGACAUCAGAAGGUCUUUGACAAGGUCUUCAGGGCAGACAUAGAGCGCUUGCGCGGCAUGGAAGACAUGUGGAAGUCACGAAAAGCGCCAGAACUCCUCGACUCUUCUCGGCUGCGAGAGCAAUCUGCAUCAAUUGAUAGCGGGAUCUCUGCCAAUGACCAAAAAGUAUGGUCUCUGGCGGAGAAUUUCGCAGUGUUCAAAGACAGUUUUAAUCGCCUGAGCCAGCGUCUGAAGGGACUUCGAGCAAGCACACCCUCAGACCAAACCCCUCCAAUCUUGACCUUCGACAAGGAUGACGAGGAUACUCUGGACUUUGUUGCAGCUACGGCCAACCUCCGAGCGGCGAUAUUCCAUAUCGAAUCCAACUCUAAAUUUGAGAUCAAACGAAUGGCCGGCAACAUCAUUCCCGCCAUUGCUACUACCAAUGCCAUGACAGCUGGAUUAUGUGUUCUCCAGGCAUUCAAGGUAUUCCAAAACGACUUGGCUCACGCAAAAACGGUAUUCUUGGAAAGGUCAGGGAUGCGAGCUAUCAACUCCGAAUCGUUGAACCCGCCGAACCCCGAUUGUUCGACCUGUUCAUUUGUACAGACUCGUGUAGAAGUCGACCCUGAGUCUGCAACCCUGGAGCACCUCGUUGGGAUUCUAGAGAACGACCUGGGUUAUAAGGAGGGUACCUCGAUUGCCUUCGGCGACGUAUUAAUUUACGACCCUGACUUUGAUGAUAACUUGGGGAAGAACUUUUCACACUUUGGGAUCACGAACGAGAGUGUUCUUACGGUGAUAGACGAGAAUACUGAAGAUACACGAAUGCCCCUUGAAGUGUUGAUUCUUGAAAGAGCCGAGGCCUCGUCAACGGAUACCGAUCCUGCAAAGCUUCUAGAGGUGUUUGAAAUUCCCUUGAAGCCCAAAAAGCCAUCUCAACCUUCUCCUGAGAUGUCCCGACUUUCUCUUGAUCCUACUGCCACGGACGGAACAUCUGUCAUUGGCAAGCGCAAACGUGAAGGAGAAGAUGAAGACGGCGAACGCAGCCCAGGAGGUUCUGGUGAACACAACGCCAAGCGUGCAGCCAGUAGACCCGCAAUCGACACAGAUACCAGUGGCCCUAUCGUCCUCGAUGAUGAUGACGAAGAGGGCAUCAUCACCCUCGACGAUUGA